GCAGCACUACUGAAUAGCAAUUUGACGCAAAAUACAGAGAUAAAAAAAUAUAUAUGAAAAUCAAUUAAGAAAAUUUCAAUGUGUAACAGCAUUGCUCAAUGUUUUGGAGUCAGUUACUAAAAUUACAAUCAAUUUGAUCUACAAUGAGCUCGCGCAGAACGAGAUCUGGCCCCACGCUCAACUUUAAAGCGGUGCUAUUGGGCGAAGGCUGCGUGGGCAAAACAUCGCUAGUGCUGCGUUACAUGGAGGACAAGUUCAACACCCAGCAUCUGAGCACACUGCAAGCCUCGUUUGUGACCAAAAAGGUGACGCUGCCCGACGAGCGACGGGCCCAGCUCAACAUCUGGGAUACGGCCGGACAGGAACGUUUCCAUGCUCUGGGUCCCAUCUACUAUCGCGGCUCGGACGGUGCACUGCUUGUGUACGAUAUCACAGAUCAGGACUCAUUCCAGAAGGUCAAAUCAUGGGUGCGUGAACUGAAGCAGAUGCGUGGCAGCGAAAUUGCCCUGAUCAUUGUAGGCAACAAGACUGAUCUGGAGGAGCAGCGUGCCAUCGAGUAUGAGACGGCACAGCGUUAUGCCCAAACGGUGGGCGCUCAAUAUGUGGAAACGUCGGCCAAGGAGAAUGAAGGUGUCAGCGAACUGUUCGAGCUGCUCACCCAACUGAUGGUCGAGCAUCAUGUCCAGAAACAGCAGCCAAAUGACACAAAUAAUACCCAUAGUAAUAGCAAUAGCAAUAGCAAUGCCCUUCGUCUGCAGAGCAGUUCGAAUGCUGCUGGAGGUGCGAUUAGCAUUGCGGAUGAUGCCGAGCACGAUGAUGAUGAGAAUGAGAAUAAUGGUGGCGCUGCUCAUCGCUCCUGCUGUGGCAUCUAAGGGGGCUGCUUGUCGGCCGUCCAUUGUGAUAAUACAUAUAUUGUACUAGUA